AUGGCGGAUGUUACGACCACGGCCAAUGCUGCACAACCUACUGUCUGCGACCACUGGUCCGGGACUCUGUCCUGUGGCGAUGGAAAGAACAAAAUGAUGAUUGACUGGCACUGGGAUGUUUUCACCAGCUAUGCAGUUGCAUUGGAGCAAUGCAAGCGCACCAGACGCCUAGCGCUGCGCCUGGCGUCGACACCCAGUGCCCACUGGCACCCACUGGCAACCCACUGGGGCAUCCACUGGGUGCAGCAGAAGCAACCGGAUCAAAUCAAAUGGGACCAAACUCGACCUGAAGAAGGAGCCCGCAUGAGCCAGUUGAGACCAGACAUACAUGACGCUCCCAAUGUUCAGCUAGUAGUAAUGCGAUGUUGGAGACAUGGGCUUGAGGGCACCAGUCGCACACUCGCAGGCAAGCUGGCACACCGCACCAGACCAGGCUAG